AUGGUCAGAGAUGAACUCACCAGGAAAUACUUUGUUAACUGCGACAGAAUCCUUGAGACGAGAGAUAACGAGAUCAAGAUAUGUGAUAGCAAGCUGAAAAAUUGCAACAAGUCAGGAUUAAUGGCACAUAAGGAAACAUCUAAACAUAUGAAAAACUUUGAAGCAAAGAAAAAAAGUCUGAGUAUUAAAUGUUUCACAAGGAAGCAAGUGGAAGAUCCACAAGAUAAAGUGCACAAUGCUGAGCUGCUGUUAUCAGCGUUCAUGGCAGAACACGGCAUGCCUUUUUCGCAGGCGGAUCAUCUAAUUGAAGUGAUGAAAAAAAUGUUUCCUGAAUGUGAUACAGUUAAGAAAAUGACAAUGAAGAAAACAAAAGCUUCAUAUGUGAUGCAAUAUGGACUAGCUUGGGAAGAACGCCAAGAAAUAGUGGAAAUCUGUAGAGAGAACAAGUUUUCCCUUAUGAUCGAUGAGAGCACUGAUGUAUCGGUGACGCAGAUUCUUGCAGUAAUGGUACGGUUCUACGAUAAGAAGAAAUGUCAGGUGACAGACGCCCUAUUGGACAUAAUAGAAGUGGAAGAUGCAAGUGCAGAGGGUCUGUACAAGGUUGUGAAAGAACUAUUCCAAAGUAAAAAUAUUCCACUUACAAAUAUCAUUGGCUUCGCAAGUGACAAUUGCUCGGCAAUGAUGGGUGUUCACAAUGGAUUCCAGGCACGCUUGAAGGAAGACGUACCCUCUGUAUAUAUCCUUGGUUGCGUAUGCCAUUCUUUCGCCCUUUGUGCUAGCCAUGCAUGUAUCCACUUGCCUUCCUACCUUGAAUCAUUUUUGAAGAACGUUUGCUGCUACUUUUCUCGAAGUAGCAAGCGACAACAUCAGUUCAGACUGAUUCAAGAAGUCGUGCAUAGCCCCAAACACAAGAUGAUUAAACUCUCGCAGACCCGCUGGUUAUCUCGAGGUCAAGUGAUAUCCAGAGUUUUGGAGCAGUGGGAUGCCCUCCUGCUGUUCUUUCAGACAGAGUCUGCUUCAGAUGAAGAUGGAGCAUCUCAAAUUUAUAAGACAAUGUCAAGGAAGGGCACUAAACACAUGCUUUUGUUCCUGAAUUAUAUCCUAGGAAAAGUGGAUAGAAUGAACAAAGAGUUUCAGGCUGAGUCCUUCAGGCUCAGCAGCCUGUACUCCUCAAUCUCUGACGAGUAUCGAAACAUCCUAAGUAUGUUUCUUAAAAAUGAGGUGCUUGAAUCACGAAAACUAUCAGACAUUAAUCCUCACAACUCCUCACUGUACCUUGGUGUAGAUGACGUAAAUGUUGGCGGAAGAUGCAGUGCUUUGCUACUGAAAGAACCGCUUGGUGAAUCAAAGAGAAAGUUUCUUGCUGACUGUCGGGGAUUUCUAGUGGAACUAUGUGCUCAAAUAAGAAAGAGAUUUCCUUUGGACGAAAAUGGUGUCCUGGCCCAGCUUCAUAUCAUUGACCCAAAAGUUGCAUUAUCUCCACAACGAAAACCGAAAUUUAUCGCAAAAUUAGCUGUUCACUUCCCUACACUCGUGAAUGAGGCAAACUUGGAUGAUUUACAAGAUGAAUGGGAGUCUCUGUUGUGGUUCAAGGGUAGCCUCCAAAGCUUGAACCAGUUACCAACUUCUUUCUGGCAAGAGCUACUCCAAGUAAAGGAUGCGAACAAUAAAACAAAAUUUCCUAUUCUUGCUGUAUUCAUGAGAGAUCUCUUGGCGCUACCACAUUCAUCUGCUUCAGUCGAACGAAUGUUUUCUAAAAUCAACUUAAUAAAGACGAAGCAGUCAAAUAGCCUCUUAUCCAACACUGUGGCAAACAGAAUGCUUGCGAAACAGGCCAUCGCUAGACAGGGGGUAUCUUGUUAUGACUGGAAGCCAUCAAAAGUACUGCUUAGCGACUUGAAAACUGGAAAAUGCCAUCAGCGCUACAAGGAUAUGUGCUCAAAAGUGGAAAUGGCAACUCUGCAUUCACCUGACCCUGAUGAUGACGACAGUGAUGAGGAACCCCCACUUCAGGUGUAUGCAUAUUAA